UUGUAGUAUAUCUCCGUUACUUUAAAAAGAAGACUCGCGGUGUUUCGCGAGUACUCUUACUUUGCAUACUCUCGUACUCUUGGACUCGUAUAGCUCGUAUAGCGCGCAUUCAACGUGCCUCGACGUGGCGACGGUGCGACGGCAACACGAAAAACGAAGGGACGAAAGCGAAGAGAAACGAGUCUCGUCGUACUCGGGGAAGUCUUUUGUACCUACUCCCGCGUGACGCAAUGGACCCUCUCUCCGAACGAGGUCCCAACCGACUCCCGACUCCCGACGCGGACUUGAGUCGCGUAGCGCUACAGUAGUGGCUGCCGCCGCUCAGAAACUGGACGGGCGGUUGUGGCCAGCUGUGGUGGUGCAUUUCCUUCUUCCUCUCUUUUGUCUCUUGCAAUCGCCACUAACCUGACUAGUCUCUCCUGAGCCUUCUCUCGAAGCGCGUCCCAACAGUGGUGUUCCUCUUAUCCAACGUUUAAUUAGAUUCCCAUUGCAUUGAUCCUGCGAAUAAUACAGUGAAAGUACUUGAGAAAAAGAGAGAGAGAGAGAGAGAGAGAGAGAGAGAGAGAGAAAGAGAGUGUGUGUGUGUGUGUGUGUAUGUGUUUGUACGUGCACACACGUAUGACCAACUGAUCCACGUGGUACCGCGACAUAAAGACUUACUCUUACUGUGGAUACAUUUCUCGAGUACACUGAACACCUCGACGAUCAAGCGAAGGACAUGAGACGGACCGUGGACCUGUUGGUCUGGACGCUGUUGGUCCCGUCGCUCCUAUUCGCAUCGGAUCCCUUGCAGCAGGCUACUGGAGCAACGGUAGAAUGCCCACAGAAAUGCGUCUGCUACAACAACACAAUGCAGGUGCGAUGUAUGUUCCUAAAGCUGAUCCAAGUGCCACGGGUGCCCGCUAAUGUCACCGUCCUAGAUCUCCGAUUUAACAGCAUCGCGGAAGUGCGCGGGGGAUCAUUUCACGGACACAAUCAAUUGCAUACCUUACUACUGAACGACAACCACAUUCGACGGCUGCCGAUAGGCGCGUUCGAAGGCGCACCGAAUCUACGGAUACUUUACUUAUAUAAAAAUCGCAUCGAGCACAUCGCGCCGGGCGCAUUCGCGGGGUUGCCACGGCUCGAACAGUUGUACCUGCACCACAACCAUCUGCGGGAAAUCCGACCGGGCACGUUCAACAAUCUGCCGGCGCUGGAGCGUCUAUUUCUGCACAGCAACAAGCUUCAUCGGUUGCCGGCGAAUGCGUUCGUCAACGUUGGUCCGAUGACGCGGCUGCGUCUCGACAGCAACGCGCUCAUCUGCGAUUGUAAUCUGGUCUGGCUGGUGGAACGCCUUCAGGACAAGCCUACGGAGAUGGCGGCAAUUUGCCAAUCCCCACAUGAGAUGAAGGGUCGCUCCCUAACUACAAUGUUGCCCGAGGACUUUCAUUGCACAAAACCGCGUAUCGUAGAAGGUCCGGAAGACACCGUAGUGCGAUUUGGUGACACGAUAACGUUGACGUGUCGAGUAACAGGUGAUCCAACACCAAAGAUCAAAUGGAUGAAGAAUACAAGAUACUCGUGGGAGGCGGACGAUGAUGAUGAAAAGUAUGUAGUAAUUCGUGAGGACGGCGAAAAGUACGUGAUUCGCGAGGACGGCACCUUGGUGAUCUUUGGCACGACCGAGCAAGACGGCGGGAUAUACGAGUGCGUAGCUAGCAGCGAUAUGGGUUCGGCCAAAUCCAGAAAGGCCAGAGCAGUGAUUACAGCGGCGUCUCAGUUAAUACUCGCUGAAAGACCAGAAUCCCAAAACGUGACCGCCGGUACCAACGUGACCUUUUCUUGUCGAGCAUUGGGUAAUCCUAGACCCGAUACUCGCUGGUUUAGAGACGGCCGAUCAAUCCCCUUCAACGAUAGAAUCUCGCUCGAGAACGACGGCACGCUGUUACGUAUCCUCGCGGUUAAGGAAACCGAUGCGGGCAAAUAUGAGUGUUAUCUUAGGAGCACCGAUCACACGGUUCAUCUCUUCGCAAAUUUGAGUGUCGUAGAUUUGACGGCGCCCCGAUUGCUAUUCAGACCGCAAGACAUCGAGGUGGAACUGAACGCCAUUGUCGAGGUACCCUGCCGGGCUGAGGGUAUCCCGAAGCCAGUGAUCCAAUGGAAAAAGGACGGUAGCGCGCUCGAGGGUAACAGAGUCAAGAUCACACGCGGAGGAAGUCUUCUUAUUUUUAACGUGACUCCACAAGACUCCGGCAGGUACGAGUGUUCAGCUAUAAACGAUUAUGGCCGCGCAACCGGCGAUGCUUUGGUGCGCGUUCGGCAGCCCGGUGCAACGGAUACACUCGUCAUACGAGCCUUCCAAAGUGCCACCGAGGAGAUCGAUCGUGCCAUUAAUAAAACUCUAUCGUCUCUCUUUAAUUCGGAUGGCUCAUCGAAACACGUUGAUCCGUUCCGUUUGACACGGUUUCCGAACGCGAUCGAUCGCGCGGCCGCUAGACCCGCCGAGCUCUUCGAAAGAACUCUCAUCAAUAUUCGACGUAUGGUGGAUACUGGCAAUAAAGCAAACGUGACUGGUGAAUUCCGCUACGAGGAAAUCUUGACAGCUGAACAGGUGAAAAAAAUCGAACGAUUGUCCGGGUGCACCGGUCAUAGACGUCGGCAGAAUUGCACCAACAGGUGCUUCCACCACAAAUAUCGGGCUAUAGACGGCAGUUGCAAUAAUCUGCGCCAUUCUACUUGGGGUUCGUCGCAUACAGGAUUCCGGAGGGUACUGCAACCCAUCUACGAGAAUGGAUUCUCGAUGCCGGUCGGUUGGGAGAAGGGACGACGAUACUACGGUUAUCCGAAGCCCGCCGCACGUCUCGUGUCGACCACGGUAAUCUCUACCCACGCGAUUACGUCAGACGAUCAGAUUAGCCACAUGGUGAUGCAGUGGGGUCAAUUCCUGGACCAUGAUCUCGAUCAUGCGUUACCGUCGGUAUCGAGCGAAUCGUGGGAUGGAAUAGAUUGCAAAAAAUCCUGCGACAACGCCGCACCUUGCUUCCCGAUGGAAGUGCCGCCAGGUGAUCCGCGCAUCAGCAACAGACGGUGCAUCGACUUUAUCAGAAGUAGCGCCGUGUGCGGCUCUGGCGCGACCAGUAUACUGUGGGGCGGCUUGACGCCUCGAGAACAGCUGAACCAGUUGACCAGCUAUUUGGACGCGUCGCAGGUCUACGGCUACGACGACGAGCUGGCGCGCGAUCUGCGUGACUUCACGACGGAUCGUGGCCUGCUCCGGGAAGGUCCCACACUUCCCGGUCACAAGUCCCUCCUUCCAUACGCGUCUGGUCAGUUUGUCGACUGUCGCAGGAAUCCACUGGAGAGCUCGAUCAAUUGCUUCGUAGCCGGUGACAUUCGUGCCAACGAGCAAGUCGGCCUGCUGGCCAUGCAUACUUUAUGGUUGCGCGAACACAACCGCAUCGCUCGCGCGCUACGCGAGAUGAAUCCACACUGGAAUGGCGAAAAAUUGUAUCAGGAAGCGAGACGUAUCGUCGGCGCAGAGAUGCAACACAUCACUUAUCGACACUGGCUGCCGCGAAUAUUUGGAUCGGCGGUCGAGGAUUCUAUGUUGGGACCGUACCGAGGCUACGAUCCCAACGUAGACGCCAGCAUAUCCAACGUUUUCGCCACCGCCGCUCUACGUUUUGGCCACUCGCUCAUCCAACCGCGUCUAGAGCGACUGAACGCGUCCUUCCAACCGAUUCCUCAGGGUCCUCUCAAUUUGCGCGAUGCCUUUUUUGCGCCUUGGCGACUAGUCGAAGAAGGUGGCGUCGACCCGCUGAUCCGAGGUAUGUACGUCACGGCGGCGAAACUGAAGCUGCCCGAACAGAAUCUCAAUGUCGAGCUCACCGAACAGCUAUUCCGUACCGCUCACGCGGUUGCGCUCGAUCUAGCGGCGAUGAAUAUCCAACGAGGAAGAGAUCACGGGCUUCCUGGCUAUGUAGAGUGGCGCGAUUAUUGCAACAUGUCGCGCGUCGAGACGUUCGAGCAUUUGAAUAAUGACAUCAGCAGCGCUCGUGUGCGGCAGAAGCUGCGCGAAUUAUACGGUCACCCAGGCAAUAUAGACGUUUGGGUUGGUGGUAUUCUUGAGGAUCAGUUGCCGGGGAUGAAAGUCGGGCCGUUGUUCAAAUGUCUCCUACUGGAGCAAUUCCGGCGAACCCGGGACGGCGAUCGGUUCUGGUACGAGAAUCCAAGCGUCUUUCGUGCGGAACAGCUCGUCCAGAUUCAGCAAGUGUCACUAGCCAGAAUCUUAUGCGACAACGGCGACAACAUCACUCGCAUACAACCCAAUGUGUUUCUACUGCCCGAGAGUCAUAAUGACUUUGUCAGUUGUGACGAGAUUCCUUACGUAGACUUGAACGCGUGGUCUGACUGCUGCGAAAAUUGCGAAGAUCGUGAUAAUACUAUCUCCCGCGUGCGCAGAGAGGCUGAGAAGUAUUUUGCACCCAGUCGUGACUACGUUAAGGACACCGAUUCGUUGAGUCGCGAAGAGGAAAUCGAAUACUUCCAAAGGAUGUUUGGUGAAAGCAAUCGAGAGGCUAAGCGUUUGCAACAACAGUUUGACAAUUUGUUACAAAGAAUUAAAAAACUCGAGUUAUUUUUUAAAGACAUUAAAACACAAUAGAGAAAUUAAGUGUAUACUUGGAUUAUUCUCUCUCUCUCUCUCUCUCUCUCUCUCUCUCUCUCUCUCUCUCUCUCUCUCUUCCCCUCUCUUUCCAGCAGAUAGUAACGCUCUUACAUUUCUAAUAUAUGCCAUAUUUUUUAUGCAUUUAUUGUUGUAAAUAAAAGCAUUUGCAAAAACUUAUAGCAAAUUCGAUUGGGCGCACUCAGUACACACUGGUGCACAUCAAAGCCAUACACAAAAUAACGUAAAGAUAUGUUUAUACAUAACAUAGAAAUCGAUUAAAUCCUGAAAUAUUC